CUGACCUGUCAAAUAGCAUUCACUGACAGAAGAAAAUAGUAGCUCUAUCUAAUCGAUAUAAAAUAAAAAUACAUUCUGUACGUUGAUACUGAUAUUAUGCUUUUAUAUAGUGAAUCAAAUAACAUUGAAAGUCUGUAAUACAAGUGCGUGUUUAGCGUGGUAGAUAGCUUUGCGAUAAUGGCUCAUAAGGAGGACGAAGACUCAUUUCGAGAAGACGACGUAUACAUCAAUCCAGAAGAUGGAAUGCCUAACGUACAUCCUAAUAUUGCUAAUUUAGAACAAGAGAGCGAUGUGCAAGAUGAAGUUGACAAUUUCGAUGACUUGCCAAAGUCUGUUAUUGUAACAAACAUACACAGUGAUGUUUUUGCUGAUGAAAAGUUGAAGAAAGGAAUGGAAGAUUUAUUCCGCACAUUUUCUGAUAAUAUAACGUUCCAGUGGCUACGCAGUUUUAAGCGUUUACGUGUAAACUAUGACAGUCCAUUGGCUGCUGCUAAUGCUCGAGUGCAAUUGCAUCAGUAUCAGUUCCAUAAUUCGCCGAUCAAUUGUUACUUCGCGCAACCUGUGACGCCUGUUUCAAUAAAGAAUCUGAGACCUCCAGCUCCUGUAAAACAAUUUCUGAUCUCCCCUCCAUCUAGUCCUCCAGUGGGUUGGGAGCCACGUGAAGAAAAUGAGCCAUUGGUAAAUCAUGAUUUACUGGCAGCAUUAGCCAGUCUAGCUCCUGGUGAGAGUCAUGAACUGCAUGCACCUACUCCUACACAACCUGCUAUCAUUGUGCACACUGCUGUGACAUCAGAGCAGACCCCGGUUGUAGCAAAGAUACCUCAUACUCGUUGUCCGGAUUAUUGAAUGCCUUUUGAAGAAAAUCUAGUGACUAUGAAUUAGAUUAGUAGUAAUUUAUGAAUGCUUUUUAUUCAAUUGCAUGUCAAUUUUUAUGACAAGUUGAGCCUAAGACAUUACAGCUGUCUGAGAGUUUGCUGUAAAGUGAAAGCUCCACAAAAAAAUGAGCUUUAGAAAUUUAUUAACAAAGUUAGACUAAUAGUAGUUUGCUUGAUGAUACGGAUAUUUAUUUAACAGAAAUUACACAUAAUUAAAUUGGUGCUAUGUUUUAUCAAAAGUAUAUUAAUUAAAAAUUGCUUAUUUUUACUUUAGUUAUACAAUUCAUUGUCAUUUUUCAAACGUAAUAGGGUUCAUCACUUCAUUAUCGUUUAAGAUUCCAUUUUAAAGUAUGGACAAUAGUUGGAAACAUAUCAGAAAGCAAGCCUUCUAAAUAUAUAUUAACUCCGUAAAUAAGGUGGUUGCUCAAUGAAAUUGGUGUGUAAUUCAUAAAUUUUUAUUAAUUUUCUAAAACUAACUAUUUUCUAUAAUUCAGACAAUUUCAUAAAUAAGCCUGUUGUGUGUCGGAAAGCAGAUCCACAUGAGACAAAAUGCAUUUUCGGCAGUCAAGAAGUUAACUGGAAUAGAUUGGCUAUGUGUACACCAGGUUGGCAAACAAGAAAACUCACUAAAUACAAAAAUAGUAUUUGAUAACUUACUAGUAAUUUAUUACUCAUAUUUAUAUUUAGUUUGUGGACUUGUAAGCUAUCCUAUAUUCUUGGAACAUGCUCUCUUGUUAGCUGUCUUUGAAAAUUUGUAUAGAAAUUUAAAAUAAAUUCUUGUAAAUUAGAAUAAAAAUUGACUUUAAUUUUUUUUUCUACAGCCACCUUUGGUUGUAAUAUUUUUUGUUGUGUCAAUAGUAAAUUUUUAAAGUCCAUGUACACUGUACAUCCAUGUAUAUAUUUAUUUAUUUAUUAAACAGGUUCACUUGUUGAGUAAUCUCAAUUUUUUAUUGUUACUAACUUAUUUUAAAUUAUUCUUAGUUACCAUUUGAUUUUGUAACCAAAAUUUUUGCUUCAAUUUAACUAAAAAAAUAUAUUGUAAAAAAUUAGUAGCAUUAGAAUUUUGUGAUAAUAUGUCUAAAUAAAUGUUGAAUUUGUUAUUCAUGUGGGUACAUAUGCCUAAAAUGUUUGAAUGGUUCAAUGUACACUUGUAUGUUCAUAAUAAUUUAAUUGAAAUUGAGACAAGAUAUGUGCAACAGCAUUUGCUAUAGAUGUUUCUGUAAUUUAAUUCACUAUGUAUUACAACAAUUAAACAAUUCUGCACUAGUAAAGACUAGUGCAGAAUUGUUUAUAUUCAAAGGAAUAUUAUGUAAAUUUUUUAUUUACUUUCAACAUUGAACUGUUUAAAUAUAACACAUUUCUUAAAAACCAGAGAAAUUAUGAAUGUUAAAAAUAUGUACCUAUUGUUAGAAUUAAUAUUGUUGUAGUUUUUAUAAACAUUUUACAAGUAGUAACUUGGCAAGCUUUCGGGAAGCUGUACCUAUCUCUCGAGAUACAAAUUAAAAAUAUUGUGAAAGUUCCUUUGUUAUUUUUAGAUACAUUUAUUUGAAAGAUUGGCACUGCACAGGCACUAUUUGCGAGGGCCACAUGAUAUUAGAGUUGAAUUUAAAUGAACCAACUAUUGCAUUUUCUAGUUAUACUCGUACAUACCUUAUGGUAUGUCAGGCAAUUAAUACCUAGUAGUGGUAACACAUACACGUAGAAUUUUCUUAUUUAUUAAAGGCUUCAAAGACCUAUUUAAAUCAUUAGCGUCAUUGUUGUGAUUCGCCAUGUUUGGCUCAGAAAAAUAUUUUGAUGAAUUUGUUCCGAAUUAGACCAUGUUGAAAGAAAUGUUAGGAUUUCGAUAUUUUUACGAAGAAACAGCCAAAUGCGAAGUUUAUUAAAAGAUCUACAAUAGAAUACAUUUGGUUUUUGCUUUUUGUCUGUUUGUUAGUACCAAUUUACCUAUUUAUUAUUAUUUAUUUGUUCUGUUUAGGAAAUCAUGAAUUAAAAUUAAAAAAUAAUUUAUUGUAAUUUCUGAGGAGGACUGCUGUUUAAGUGUAAAAUUGCUGUCUUUUAGUGUUAUCACACACUAACUAUUAGAUAAUAUUUUCGUAGGAUUUAUCGUAAUAAAUUUAGAGCUUUUAGUGCAUGUAGAUACCUAUCAUUUGGAUGGAAAAACCAUCAUUCAAUAUUGUGUUAAGAUUUAAACCAAAUUAAAAAUAAAUUAUCUAAGAACUAAGAAAAAAUUAAAAAUGUCUCAUUUACCUAUAUUCGAAAGCAUUUUCAUCUAUUAAGUUACGAGAUUGUAAAGUUCUCCGCAGACUGAAAACAAAAUUCACUUAAAAUUAUUAAAAAAUAUGGAGCUAUCCAUCUCAAAACUCCUUAAGAAUUGCUAUUACGUUCUUGUAUAUUUUCGUUUGUAGUCUGCGGUAGAUCUAAAUUCUAAAUCAACCAUAAUUAUUGGCAUAAGUAUCUAUGUAUAUAAACUAUGAUAUGUAAAUUUACAUUGACUGAAAUGACGAAAGAAUAUCAGAUCGACUGGUAGGUAUGAAGUACUACCUUUUAAUCUCUUAUGAAUUUCGGCAAAGUUUCAGGUUGACCAAUCUUCAAACUACCUACUUUCUUUUGUAAAUAAUUACUAUUCAAAACCAUUUACAAUCAGUCAAGUCAUUUGGUAUACAUGUAAGAUUAUUUUUGCCUCAAUGCCUCAUUUAGGGCGGAAGGAGCCAUUUGAAGAAUAUCCAUCAUAAAUUAUUAUUCGGCUUACGUAGCUGUUUGACGAGGAACUCGACUAGUUUCAAGCUAAAGGCUCAUAUUCAU